AUGGCGGCGGCCGAUGGCGACGACUCUCUCUACCCCAUCGCGGUGCUCAUAGACGAGCUCCGCAAUGAGGACGUUCAGCUUCGCCUCAACAGCAUCAAGAAGCUGUCCACCAUCGCCUUGGCCCUCGGCGUGGAGAGGACGCGCAGUGAGCUGCUGCCCUUCCUGACAGACACCAUCUACGAUGAGGAUGAGGUCCUCUUGGCCCUGGCGGAACAGCUGGGAACCUUCACCACGCUGGUCGGAGGCCCGGAGUACGUGCACUGCCUGCUGCCACCCCUGGAGUCGCUGGCCACCGUGGAGGAGACGGUGGUGCGGGACAAGGCGGUGGAGUCCUUGCGGGCCAUCUCCCACGAACACUCGCCCUCCGACCUGGAGGCCCACUUCGUGCCCCUGGUGAAGCGGCUGGCGGGCGGCGACUGGUUCACCUCCCGCACCUCGGCCUGCGGCCUCUUCUCCGUCUGCUACCCCCGCGUGUCCAGCGCCGUCAAGGCGGAGCUUCGACAGUACUUCCGGAACCUGUGCUCAGAUGACACCCCCAUGGUGCGGCGGGCCGCAGCCUCCAAGCUGGGGGAGUUCGCCAAGGUGCUGGAGCUGGACAACGUCAAGAGCGAGAUCAUCCCCAUGUUCUCCAACCUGGCCUCUGACGAGCAGGACUCGGUGCGGCUGCUGGCGGUGGAGGCAUGCGUGAACAUCGCCCAGCUCCUGCCCCAGGAGGACCUGGAGGCCCUGGUGAUGCCCACCCUGCGCCAAGCCGCGGAGGACAAGUCGUGGCGCGUGCGGUACAUGGUGGCCGACAAGUUCACAGAGCUCCAGAAAGCCGUGGGCCCGGAGAUCACCAAGACAGACUUGGUGCCCGCCUUCCAGAACCUGAUGAAAGACUGUGAGGCCGAGGUGAGGGCCGCAGCCUCCCACAAGGUCAAAGAAUUCUGUGAAAACCUCUCCGCUGACUGCCGGGAGAAUGUGAUCAUGACCCAGAUCUUGCCCUGCAUCAAGGAGCUGGUGUCAGACGCCAACCAACACGUCAAAUCGGCCCUGGCUUCGGUCAUCAUGGGCCUCUCUCCCAUCCUGGGCAAAGACAACACCAUCGAGCACCUUCUGCCCCUCUUCCUGGCUCAGCUGAAGGACGAGUGCCCAGAGGUGCGGCUCAACAUCAUCUCCAACCUGGACUGCGUGAACGAGGUGAUCGGCAUCCGGCAGCUGUCCCAGUCCCUGCUCCCCGCCAUCGUGGAGCUGGCUGAGGACGCCAAGUGGCGGGUGCGGCUGGCCAUCAUCGAGUACAUGCCGCUGCUGGCUGGGCAGCUGGGGGUGGAGUUUUUUGAUGAGAAACUCAACUCCUUGUGCAUGGCCUGGCUUGUGGAUCAUGUCUAUGCCAUUCGAGAGGCGGCCACCAGCAACCUGAAGAAGCUGGUGGAGAAGUUCGGGAAGGAGUGGGCCCACGCCACGAUCAUCCCCAAGGUCUUGGCCAUGUCUGGGGAUCCCAACUACCUGCACCGCAUGACCACCCUCUUCUGUAUCAAUGUGCUGUCUGAGGUCUGCGGGCAGGAAAUCACCACCAAGCACAUGCUGCCCACGGUGCUGCGGAUGGCCGGGGACCCCGUCGCCAACGUCCGCUUCAACGUGGCCAAGUCCCUGCAGAAGAUAGGGCCCAUCCUGGACAACAGCACACUGCAGAGCGAGGUGAAGCCCAUUCUAGAGAAGCUGACCCAGGACCAGGAUGUGGACGUCAAGUACUUUGCCCAGGAGGCCCUGAGUGUUCUGUCUCUCGCCUGA